UUUAUUUGGACAGACUAAUCUGUGGUUCUCGCUCUUUGAUUGCUGUAAAUCUAAGUUCAUUAUUUAUGGUUCCUUUUCAGUCGUUUCAGCAUUCGAUUACGGUAGUGUAGAUUCCCUUCCUUCUUCUGGUUUCUAUAGGACUCCCUCCCCCAAGAAAAGAAAACAUUUUCCUUAAAAAAUUUUAAGUACUCGGGGUGAUCCGGAGAAUCUGGUGCAUUACCCUCUUUUGAAAUCUUUGUGCUGUUUACGUUGAUGAUCGGGUCUUUCUCCAGUAGUUUCUGUCUGCAAAUGUGCUCUUCAUUUGGUUCUGUUGAAUUGUGCUUCAUGGACUUUUAGAGGCUUCAUGAUGGAGAGUAUCUAGACAAAUUAGCGCUGCAUAGACACUUGGACAAAUACCAUUACAUCUUCAAUAAUGGUUCUAGGAUUGAGGACAAAGAACAAAAGAGGCACUUCUGUUCAAGUUGAUUACCUUGUCCAUUUACAGGAAAUUAAACCUUGGCCUCCAUCGCAGUCUCUCAGAUCCCUUCGGUCUGUACUGCUUCAAUGGGAAAAUGGUGAUAGGAACUCUGGGUGUACUAACCAUGUAAUCCCCUCCCUUGGGUCUGGUGUUGGGGAUGGGAAAAUUGAAUUUAAUGAAUCUUUCAGGCUUCCCGUUACUCUUACUAGGGAAGUCUCUGUAAAAGGUGGGGAUGCUGAGACAUUUCAGAAGAACUGCUUGGAAUUCAACUUGUACGAGCCUCGAAGGGAUAAGACAGUGAAAGGUCAACUCUUAGGAACUGUCAUAAUAGACCUGGCAGAAUAUGGAAUUGUUAAAGAAACCGUAUGCAUAAGUGUUCCAAUGAACUGCAAGAGAAGUUUUAGGAACACAGCUCAACCGGUUCUGUUUGUUAAAAUUCAGCCAUUUGAAAGAAGCAACUCCAGCUCCUUACAAAGGGAGCGGUUGUCAAAGGAAGUGCCAUCAGACAAGGAUGGGAAGGAAUCAGUUUCUGUCCUAAUGACUGAAGAAUAUGCUGAGGAAGCUGAGAUCGCCUCCUUUACUGACGAUGAUGUUUCAUCACAUUCUUCCUUGACUACUUCCUCAUCCACCUUUGAUGCUGCUGGAAGUUCACCACUUCAAAAUGAAGAGAAUGCAUCAGAGUCGGUGAAGAAUGGUGUAGUAAGUCAUAAUGAGGUAGCUGCUGUACCUCUAGAAAAGAUACCUGCAAAACCGGAGGUGAAAACACCUACUACACCAUACACACAUCUGAAGGGGAGUUUGCCCCGUUCAUCAUCAGUAAACUUGUCAUCUGAUCUGGGAAGUCCAGAGAAUGGCCAUGCUUCUUUGUCCAACUUCCAGCAGAGUUUGGCAUCAACCUUGAAAACAUCUAUUAUGGAUAGUGAUCAAUCUUCAUCCAGUGCUUAUGAGAGUGUGCAGGAAGAGGUAACAUCCAGCAAUAGCACAAAAAACCUUGACCAGGAUGAAAAAGUUAUUCAAGAAAUUACCAAUGUUAUUGCAGACAAGGCUUCAUCCUCAAAUCCAGAUUUGCAUAAGGAUGAAAAAGCUGGGCUUGUAACCAUUGUCAAGAAUGAAGUCAAUGAGAAGGAUGAUGGAGAAGCUAGGGAAAAUAUCAAAGAUAGACCACAGGGUGGUACAACAAUUAAUGAUCAAUCUGCAAAUUGUAUGGGGGAGAAAGAUGGAGAGCAAUCAGGAGAAAAUGGAGAGGACAAACAAAUAGAAAAGGAAAAAAACCAUUCUACAGAGGAUGAGGCUUUUAACAGAUCUUCACUAGAGGCUACAAGGAAGCAAGUGGCAUCUGGGAGUAAUACAAUUACUUUUAGCGGGAGAUCACUUGGAAUGAAGGGUAACAUCCAGAAUAUUGAUAGGCUAAAGCAUGUGAAGUCUGUUCGGUCACCCUUAGAGUCUUCUAGGAGCAAUGGAUUUUCAAAUGGUAAUCAAUUAAUGGAAGAAGUAAAAGAAGUUGAUAGUUUGGAAGACACUCUUAGUGGUUCUAGGAAUUCAAUUACAGCUGAAAGAAACAAUGCUGAGGCUGCUUUUAGAGAGAUCCUAAACUGCCAGUCUAAGGUCCAACAACUGGAGCAUAGAGUUGAAAGCCUUGAAGCAGAGUUGAGAGAAGCUGCUGCAGUUGAGAUUGGACUUUACUCCGUGGUGGCGGAGCAUGGGAGUUCUGUGAAUAAGGUCCAUGCUCCAGCUCGACGCCUUUCUAGGCUGUAUCUUCAUGCUUGUAGAAAGUGGUCCAAAGAACAUAGGGCAAGUGCAGCUAGAAGUGCCAUUUCAGGAUUAGUUAUGGUAGCAAAAGCAUGUGGAAAUGAUGUUCCCAGGUUGACAUUUUGGUUGUCAAAUUCAGUUGUCCUAAGAGCAGUUGUUAGCCAAGCUGUAGGGGAACUUCAGCUACCAGUUUCUUCUGGUCCCCACAUUGAAUCUAAUGACAGUAAAAAGGAAAAUGAUAAGAGAUCUUCGUUGAAAUGGAAAGACUCCUCUCUCAACAAGAAAGAGAAAAUUUUUGGUUUAUCUGAAUGCUUUGAUGACUGGGAAGACCCAAAGACAUUUACAACUGCAUUGGAAAAGAUUGAAGCCUGGAUCUUCUCCCGAAUAAUUGAAUCUGUGUGGUGGCAGACUCUGACUCCACAUAUGCAACCAGCUGGGAGAGCAAGUGAAAUAAGUAGGGGGUCAAGCUCAGGGAAAAGCUAUGGAUGGAGGUCUAGUUUGUGUGAUGAAGAUCAAGGAAACUUUUCUUUAGAUCUUUGGAAAAGGGCUUUCAAGGAUGCCUGUGAAAGACUUUGUCCUGUUCGAGCUGGAGGCCAUGAGUGUGGCUGCUUGCCUGUAUUGGCCAGACUGGUGAUGGAGCAAUGUGUGGGUAGAUUUGAUGUGGCCAUGUUUAAUGCCAUUCUUCGUGAAUCUGCUGAUGAGAUUCCAACAGAUCCAAUCUCUGAUCCCAUUAGUGAUUCCAAGGUUCUCCCUAUUCCAGCUGGAAAAUCAAGCUUUGGUGCUGGUGCACAACUGAAAAAUGCUAUUGGGAACUGGUCAAGAUGGCUAACUGAUCUAUUUGGUAUGGAUGAUGAUGACUCACCUGAAGAUGAGAAUGGAUUCCAUGAUGAAGACAGACAGGAAUAUGAUACAUCAUUCAAGUCUUUCCAUCUCCUUAAUGCAUUGAGUGAUCUCAUGAUGCUCCCAAAGGACAUGCUUUUGAACAGGGACAUAAGGAAAGAGGUAUGCCCUACAUUUGGUGCACCUUUGAUCAGGGGGAUUCUAAGUAAUUUUGUCCCAGAUGAAUUUUGUCCUGAUCCAAUUCCAGAAAUUGUGCUUGAGGCCCUGGAUUCUGAGGAUCCUCUAGAAGCCGAGGAAGAGUCUCUGAAGAACUUCCCAUGCAAUGCAGCACCCAUUGUGUAUGCACCACCUUCGGCAGCUUCUCUUUCAGGUUUCAUAGGAGAGGUAGGAAGCCAUUCCCAAUUGCGAAGGAGUGGGUCUUCAGUGCUCCGGAAAUCCUACACCAGUGAGGAUGAACUUGAUGAAUUGGAUUCACCCCUGGCUUCAAUCAUCGCAGACAUCUCACGAGUUUCUCCUACAUCGACAGUCCCGAGUUGGAAAAUGAAGGAAAAUGGUGGUCGGAAUACGGUCAGAUAUCAACUCCUCCGGGAGGUAUGGAGGGAUGGUGAUUAGCUACAACCUAUACGUAAGUAUGUUUUAUCAAUCACAGGUAUAUAUAAAUAAAUACGUGUUUGUACUAUAUUUUAUUCUGAUUUUUUUUGUAAAUCUUGAUGCUGUUCGAGUUAUAAGAGAUGUAGACAACAUCGCUCUCCAUGAGCAGUCUCAGACCGGACCGGAUGGUCUGUCUUUUAGUUAGAAUUUUCAAGCGCAAGUUCAGUUUCAGACUUUCAGACAUUAAGCA